AAUGUGGAAUAUGUCUCGGGUGCAAAAUAUAUUCCGAAAAUGUAAACAAUAAUAAAUGACGUCAUAGUUACUUUCAAAAUGGCGAACGUUGCGUAAAUGUUAUCGAAAAUAUUUAUGUUUUGAUUUGUUUUUUACCUAAGCCGUAAAAGAGUUAGUGACCAGACGUGUGAGUUGUGGGCGGGUGCAGCAUGGGCGGUGAGACCUCGCAGCGGGACGACUGCUCCGACCUUCACCUCCAGACUGCCUUCAAGAAACUCAAAGUGCAAUCACAGUGGACUCUGGGCCAGUCGGCAUCUGACGUGAAGAAUGUGACAGAGCUGUGGUCGAGACACAAUAGUGCCAGUGCCUCAUCGACCAAGCAUCCUAAAGAACGGAGUGAGAGGAAAUCAGCCUGUCUCAGAAUGGAGCCCUACCCCCAGGACUUCUUGUGUUCCAUUGAGAAACUCUCCUUUCAUUCAGAAGACUGCAGAAAGAAAUCUUGCCGAUGCAGUGAACUCAGACUGAAGUCGAAGAAAAAGUUCAACUAUGCCAACGCCUCUCUUCAAUGCAGACCCAUUCUGCGUGAUGCUAAACUGAAGUUUCACCACUCUGAGAAAGACACAAAACAUUUAAUACGCGCUGCACGGCUCAAAAUUCACAAGCAGGGAAAGCUGGCCUGCGAACUUGGUACUUGCCAAAAAGUGCCGACAAACGCUUUUGCAGCAAAACAACCCCCCUUAUCUUGCCCUGUUUCCUUCCUUACCAGCACUAGUCAGUCGUCUUUGUUUGGUUCAACAAGCAAAGAAACAAUGGCAGAUUUUAGUUCCGUGUUUAGUGGUAAGAAAUCUUGUUCUGACGGUAGUUCAUCGAUCAAAACUGUCAAGUUUGGUGACCAUAGGUCCCAUUCAGGGCCGGUAAAGAGGACUCGAGACCAGGCCUGUAGUGACAGAAACAGUUACAGCGACUGCGGGAAAGAGCUCAGAUCCUCUGAGGGGGCAAGAUUGGACGAUACCAGUGUAGAUGAGCUGGCUGGGUACUUUGAAGACUUUGUGCAUAUUCCUAAGAAAAUGUCGUCAAUGGCUGAGAUGAUGUACACUUAGUUGUAAACCCUGUCAUACUUCUUUUGUUGGGGUUGUUGUAGUCACAUUGUCUGUUGAUUUGUCUGUUGGUUGGUUUGUAAGUUAGAAUAAAAUGUUGUAGGUUUUCUGAGUGAAUCACAUUCCUCCUUCAAUUAAAUUGAAGCUUCAAAUAUUUUAAUUGUGGCUACAAGUAUGUUAUCACCAUGAAGUGAAUAUGUGCGUGACACUUUUGAUGCCCAGUGACAAACACAUUAAUGAGUUAAUUGCUUAGAAAAUAUCUGACAAAGAAUUUCAUGGGUUAGUCACAAUUUUGACUAAGCUUUAGUUAUUUGUAAGGUGCAUGUAUUCUUAUAAUUUUGUUGGUUUUUGAAAAAAAAUCAAUGUGAAAAGUGUGUUCAUAUGUGUGAACAGUUGAUAAUUUACUUGGUGAGUGUGCUGAUUACUUUGACAUGGAACGGUUAUGUUGUUUGACUGUUAUGUUGUUUGACUGUUAUUUGUUUGCUGUUCUGUCACUUUGCUUGUGUUGAGCACAAUUUUUUUCAUUUUCCCUCCUUUUUAGCUCACCUGAGCACAAUGUGCUCGUGGUGAGCUUUUGUGAUCGCCUUUUUCCGUCGUCCGUUGUGCGUUGUUGGGCGUCAACAUUUGCCUUUUUAACUCUCUAGAGGGCACAUUUAUUGUCCAAUCUUCAUGAAAUUUGGUCAGAAGAUUGGUCUCAAUGAUAUCGUGGAUGAGUUCGAAAAUGGUUACGUUUGCUUGAAAAACAUGGCUGCCAAGGGGCGGGGCAUUUUUUCCUUAUAUGACUAUAUAUGGCUAUAGUAAAAUCUUGUUAACACUCUAGAGGCCACAUUUAUUGUCUGAUCUUCAUGAAACUUGGUCAGAAGAUUCAUCCCAAUAAUGUCUUGGAUGAGUUCGAAAAUGAUGCUGGUUGGUUGAAAAACAUGGCGGCCAGGGGGCGGGGCAUUUUUCCUUAUAGGCUAUAGUAAAACCUUGUUAAAACUCUAGAGGCCACAUUAUUUUCCGAUCUUCAUGAAACUUGCUCAGAAGAUUUGUCCCAAUGAUAUCUUGGAUGAGUUAAAAAAUGGUAACCUUUGCUUGAAAAACAAGGCUGCCAAGGGGUGGGGCAUUUUUCCAUAUAUGGCUUUAGUAAAAUCUUGUUAACACUCUAGAGGCCAUAUUUAUUGUCCAAUCUUCAUGAAACUUGGUCAGAAGAUUCAUCCCAAUAAUAUCUUGGACGAGCUCGAAAAUGAUGCCGGUUGGUUGAAAAACAUGGCCGCCAGGGGGUGGGGCAUUUUUCUUUGUAUGGCUAUAGUAAAACCUUGUUAACACUCUAGAGGCCACAUUUAUUGUCCAAUCUUCAUGAAAUUUGGUCAGAAGGUUUGUCUUAUUGAUAUUUUGGAUGAGUUCGAAAAUGGUUACGUUUGAUUGAAAAACAUGGCUGCCAAGGGGCAGGGCAUUUUUCCUUAUAUGGCUAUAGUAAAAUCUUGUUAACACUCUAGAGGCCACAUUUAUAGUCCGAUCUUCAUGAAACUCUGUCAGAAGAUUCAUCCCAAUAAUAUCUUGGACGAGUUCAAAAAUGAUACUGGUUGGUUGAAAAACAUGGCCACCACGGGGGCGGGGCAUUUUUCCUUAUAUGGCUAUUGUAAAACCUUGUUAACACUCUAGAGGUCACAUUUAUUUUCCGAUCAUCAUGAAACUCUGUCAGAAGAUUUGUCCCAAUGAUAUCUUGGAUGAGUUCGAAAAUGGUUUUAGUUGCUUUAAAAACAUGGCCACCAGGGGGCGGGGCAUUUUUCCUUAUAUGGCUAUAGUAAAACCUUGUUAACACUUUAGAGGCCAUAUUUAUUGUCCAAUCCUCAUGAAAUUUGGUCAGAAGAUUGGUCUCAAUGAUAUCUUGGAUUAGUUUGAAAAUAAUUAUGUUUGCUUGAAAAACAUUGCUUCCAAGGGGCGGGACAAUUUUCCUUAUAUGGCUAUAGUAAAAUCUUGUUAACACUCUAGAGGCCACAUUUAUUGUCCAAUCUUCAUGAAACUUGGUCAGAAGAUUCAUCAAGAUAAUAUCUUGAACGAGUUCAAAAAUGAUGCCGGUUGGUUGAAAAACAUGGCUGCCAGGGGGCGGGGCAUUUUUCCUUAUAUGGCUAUAGUUAAACCUUGUUAACACUCUAGAGGCCACAUUUAUUUUCCGAUCUUCAUGAAACCUGGUCAGAAGAUUUCUCCCAAUAAUAUCUUGUUAUCUCAGGUGAGCGACUUUGGACCUUUCAGGCCCUCUUGUUUUGUUACCAGUACUGUCUAACACAACUGUUCUCUAUUUUAUACUAACACAUUAUUUAACUUAUUCGUCACGUUUAAGUUUGCUGUCAGUGCUAUGUUAAUAUGAAACAUUGAGGAGUGUUUUUUGCCAUACAAUUCACCAUAUUUUGAAAAGAUUAUAAGCUUUGGUUUGUUUGUAACUUAUCUUGGUCAUUUAUUCAAAAUUAAAUAUAAUUAGUUUAUGUUGUUUUGAAAUCGCUUACAUAGACAUAUUUAUGAUAAACAUAAAUUAUUUGGCAUUAUUUUACUAACAACGUUUUUAAUCUUACAAUCUUAUUAUUUAAGUUAAACAGUAUAAUGGUCAUGCAAAUUGUUGAGGUAACAUUUAUAUAUAGUUUAAUUUAAGUGCUUAUUGUCGUCUUCAAAUAGUCUUCUAAGGCUUGACUAACAGCUUGACAUAAGUAUAACUAAGAUGCACUACAUACAUGAGAAUGAAGUUCCAUGCGUGAUUCUGCGUGUACUUCUAUUACUGUUUACUACCAUAGUAAACUUAGGUACCUUGGAAAAUCACUACAACUGCAUCUCUUAGAAUAGUUAAUUAUUUUAAAUGUUGUGUAUUAUCUAAGUUGAGAUAUUCCACUUAAAAUCAAGCAUGUACAAAAAUGACAGAUGUAGACAUCUUCAACGAAACUGUUUUCUUGUCUAAAACAAUAAGGUAUGUUGAGGGAGAAUGCAAUUAUUUAUUGGAAGUAUUUGGCAGUGUACUUUGUAAUCAGACUCUUUUGUAAAAAAAAUGUGUUAUGUAUGAUUGAAUGAAAAAUUGUCAUUACGCAGAGGUUACGAAAUAAACACUUUGUACAUACA